AUGACGAGCAACGGUGAGGUCGAAGCUGCCAGCUACUCGCAAGAGUUGGUCGCCAUUGAUCGCGAGGAACAAGAGCUGACCGAGGAGGAUGCAGCAUUCAAGAAGAAGAUGGAAGCGGAGGAAGCGGCCUUCAAGAAGAAGAAGGAAGCAGAGGAAGCAGCAUUCAACAAGAAGAUGGAGGAGAAGCGAAAGGCUGUAAAGAUGAAGAAGCAGGAGGUUGAGCGCAAGAAGAAUAUUCGAGAAGAACUCAAAUGCAUCAAGCAGGGCACCGUGAUUUCUGCGCGGAGCAGCAAUGACGAGAAGCCGACUCUUUUCGUUGUUGCUUCCGUCGGCAAGGACUGUCUUGUUUCUGUCGCGUCGAUGACAACAGAAAAUUUUCUGGCCUCCUCCUCGAUCGAUUCUCUGGCUACCACUGAAAUCGAUUUGUCUGCGAUGGACUACAAGAUUUCACAGCACAAGAUUGUCUCUACACUCGCUGGCAUCGCGGCAAGUGACCCCCAGGCCAGCUGUGCCACAAUGAACAGUGGUGAUGUCAAGGACAAGGGCAGUGGCAACCGCCGCCACAGCCACCGCUUGGGAAGCCAUAUCGCUACCGAGGAAGAGACCGACAGUGGUCAAGGCGAGGAAGGCGGCCGCCGUGUCACUCGCGGUCGACGUCAAAUUCUUGAAGACGUCCGCUGUGUCAAUCGCAGUCGAAGUAAAAAACUAGACACGGACCGAAACACCAAGAACAAGAGCACCAAAAAACGCACCAAUGGUCACGCCAACGAAGAAGAAAGUCAGACCAACAAGCGAGCGAAGUGA